AAUCAACAAGAGAGUUUGUUAAAAAUAACAAGGAUAUUGAAAAAGACAAAAAAGGAAAAUUGUUUUUAUAUUGUAAGCGGGGGAAUUUAGUGGUUUAUGAGGAACGAAAUAGAGAAAUCAUGGAAAGGAUUGUGUUUACCCCUAUUUUAUGUCAAAUGAUAAUAGAGACAUUCGUCAACCACGCAACUAGCGUGUUCGUUCAAGAUGAUAUUGAAAGCCCUUUAAAAUGCCCGAUAGUCUAUUCUCCUUAUGGUUCUAGUUUGAAAGUUGAAGUUAAAGAAAGCAAAAAUGUAGGCAAGCCCACUUAUGUUGCUUCU